ACAGUCCAUCAUGAUGACUUGCCACCAGAUUCAAUGAAGGUGGUGAUGCCCUUGAGAUUUUCGACAAUGUUGCAGCAGAUGUCAUUAGACGACCAAGAGCUUACUUCAAGAUUCAAGAAAUCCAACCGGCUGGAUUGUAAAGAUAUGAUCAUGUUCCCUGUCAUAGAGAACAUUGACAAAACCAAGCCAAUCACAGGAAACCAUUAUUGGGUUUUCAACUUGAAUAUACGAGAUCGAAAGUUUGAGGUGCUUGAUUCGUGGAGGACACUUACUAACAAGACCCUGGACGGUUGCGCAAGGUCUAUUGUCGCAAGUAUCAAAUCUCUCUGGGAUAAACACUACCCUAAGUCUCACAUAUCCAUGGACGACUUUAAACUUGUCAACAUUGAUGUCGCAAAGCAAAACAAUGAGUAA